AUGUAUCGAGAUAUAUUCGUGGAAAGAUGUGCAGAACCCGCGGCGCGACAACAUAAGGUCGGGACGGACAUUGACGACGGUGAGGGGGAGGAGGAGGAGGAAGAGGAAGAUGUCCGAGACCACACACGUUGCUUCUGCGUAGUGGCACAACCAAAUUAA